AUGGAAGUACGUCGUCGUAGUCAACGAAUGGCUAAAGUUUUAGUUGAAGCUGUAACAAAAAAAAGUCCGAUUAAAAUUGAAAAACAAGAACCAUGUGAAGAAAAACUUUCAAUAUUAAAACAUGCUGCACAACUUCUUCGUUCUACUGGCAUGAAAAUUGGUUAUCCAUGUUUAAAUACAAGUCUUUGUACACCAAGUCAUAUAUUUCGUUUAGCUAAUUAUACCGAUGAAAAAUGUCUUGAAGUAACAAAACAAAAUUUAACAUGCCUUCAAAAAAUUCUCGAAUAUAAUAUUCAACAUGGUUUCUAUUUUUUUCGUAUUUCAUCUCAAACUGUACCAUUUGCUAGUCAUUCAAUAUGUACAACUGAUUGGAUAAAACAUUUUUCAUUAACUUUACGUAAUAUGGGACAAUAUAUAAAAGAUAAUGAUUGUCGUAUUAGUAUGCAUCCAGAUCAAUUUUGUUUAAUUAAUGCUAAAGAUGAAAAUAUUAUAAAUCGAAGUAUUGCUGAAUUAGAUUAUCAUUGUCGAUUAUUAGAUGAAAUGGAUUUAGAUUCAACUGCAAAAAUACAAAUUCAUGUGGGAGGUUUAUAUGGUGAUAAACAGGCAUCAAUGGAUCGUUUUAUUGAUAAAUAUAAAACUAAAUUAAAUGAUGCAAUUCGUCGACGUCUUGUUAUUGAAAAUGAUGAUCGAUUAUUUUCUGUUCAAGACUGUCUUUAUAUUCAUGAACAUACACAAAUACCCAUUCUUUUUGAUAAUCUUCAUCAUGCUUGUUUAAAUAAUGGUGAAACAAUGAUGGAAGCUAUGAAACAAUGUUUUGCUACAUGGCCAAAUGGUCAUCGUCCUAUGAUAGAUUAUGCUACACAACAAACUGGAAAACGUGUUGGUGCUCAUGCUGAUCAUAUUGAUGAAAAACAUUUUGAAUUAUUUACAAAAGAAACACGUGAUCUUCAAUUUGAUAUUAUGUUAGAAAUAAAAGAUAAAGAACAAAGUGCUAUUAUAGCAGUACCGUAUGCUGCACGAGAACGUGUUCAAGAUCAAUCACUUGAUAUUGAACCAGCAAAUUAUCGAUAUAUUUAUGAAAAUGCACAACGUUUACAAAUGGAAGUCAAUGAACGAAAACGCGCACGAGAAGAAAAGAAAAAAUCUAGAAAAGCAAUCAAUGAAGAUGACGAAGGUUGUAAACCCAAACCAGCAAAGAAACAAAAAUUGAAAAAAAAUUAA